AGUUAAUGUAGCUGAAUAUUUAUAUAGUCCGUUUUUCUAAUUUAAUUUCCGUAGUCAAUAUUUUGGCUUCAGCAUAAAUGACAGAAUUAACUGCAGCGAAAAUUGCUGGGAAGUAGACUAUCUAUAGUGCCGUACCGUGUCGUCAAGCAACUUCCGGUGGACCCACGUGAGCCACGCAGACUAGCGUAAAACACAGAGACAAGGUCGUUAGUUUUGUUGUGAAAUAUAAUUUAUUCUGUGAUUUAUAAGGAAAUAAAAAUACAAUACAAAAUAUACACAGAUGUCCGAUUUUAACUCCAGCUACAAUAUGCCUGCCUCAGAAACGGCAGAAACAGCUGAACUACAGAGGAUGAUUGCCAUCGAGCAACAGAAAGCCCAAUUUCAGGCGCAGGUACACAACUUCACAGAUGUGUGCUGGGACAAAUGUGUGGAAAAGCCAGGCUCCAAGCUGGAUGCUCGGACCGAGACGUGUCUUGUGAACUGCGUGGAGCGCUUCAUCGACACGACCCUCAUCAUCACCAACCGCUUCACUCAGAUGGUGCAGAAGGGCGUCCAUUGAUGAGAGCCCCUACCGCUUCUCACGCUGAUAAAACCCAUGUGCACGGACUCCCUAAAUAGCAGUUUUCAUCACGUCAUGUGAUGUGAGGGGCGAACACUGAUUUCGAUUAAUUUAUUCGUCUAGUCCCUCGGUCCGUCUGAUUGUGCUGGAAUUUAUUGAAUGUUUUGUUCUAUAUUCCAGUUUCUCUUUUAAAUGGAUUUAAAAAUUGUAACUUGGUAUUUCGGUAGAAAUAAAACAAACUUGUUGGGUCGAAAAUAA